AUGUCAUGGUGUCAUCCCAUCACCAGCACCACCACCACUAGUAAGUUCCAUGGUGCCAUCGCCAUCACCACCACCACUAGUGAGUUCCAUGGUGCCAUCACCAUCACCACCACCACUAGUGAGUUCCAUGGUGCCAUCACCAUCACCACCACAACUAGUGAGUUCCAUGGUGCCAUCGCCAUCACCACCACCACCACUAGUGAGCUCCAUGGUGCCAUCACCAUCACCACCACCACUAGUGAGUUCCAUGGCUCCAUCCCUAUAACCACCACCACUAGUGAGUUCCAUGGUGCCAUCGCCAUCACCACCACCACUAGUGAGUUCCAUGGUGCCAUCACCAUUACCACCACCAUUAGUGAAUGUCAUGGUGCCAUCCCCAUCACCACCACCAGUAGCGAGCUCCAUGGUGCCAUCACCAUCACCACUAGUGAAUGUCAUGGUGCCAUCCCCAUCAUCAUAACCACUAUUGAGUUCCAUGCUGCCAUCCCAUCACCACCACCACUAGUGAGUUCCAUUGUAGCCAUCACCAUUACCACCACCACUAGUGAGUUCAAUGGUGCCAUCCGCAUCACCACCACCACUAGUGAGAUCCACGGUGCCAUCACCAUCACCACCACCACCACUAGUGAGUUCCAUAUUGCCAUCACCAUCACCAUCACCACCAGUGAGUUCCAUGGUGCCAUCCGCAUCACCACCACCACUAGUGAGUUCAAUGGUGCCAUCCGCAUCACCAACACAACUAGUGAGUUCCAUAUUGCCAUCACCAUCACCAUCACCACUAGUGAGUUCCAUGGUGCCAUCCCCAUCACCAUUACCACUAGUGAGAUCCACGGUGCCAUCACCAUCACCACCACCACUAGUGAGUUCCAUAUUGCCAUCACCAUCACCAUCACAACUAGUGAGUUCCAUGGUGCCACCCCCAUCACCACUACCACUAGUGAGUUCCAUGGUGCCAUCACCAUCACCACCACCACUAGUGAGUUCCAUGGUGCCAUCCCCAUCACCACUACCACUAGUUAG